CCGGGUAUAAAUUCUGGUCAGUACCCUCCUGUCCCUGCAUUGUGAAACACUUUCCUGACUAACCUGCAGCGAAGGGAGCUGGAGCAGGGAGAAUGGCAUUCUCUGGGACGUGGCAGGUCUACUCGCAGGAGAACAUCGAGGACUUCAUGCGAGCUCUCUCUAUUCCAGAAGACGUAAUUAAGAUUGGAAAAGAUAUCAAACCUGUCAUUGAAAUUAAACAAACUGGGAACAGCUUUGUCGUGACAACCAAAACUCCCCGCCAGUCGGUCACCAAUGAGUUUACCAUUGGCAAAGAGGCUGAUAUCACCAGCAUGGAUGGCACAAAGUUAAAGUGCACAGUUCUGAUGGAAGACGGGAAGCUAGUGUGCAAACUGCCAAAGUUUCUGCACACACAGGAGGUGCAGGGAUCUGAAAUGAUUGAGAAGCUUACUGCGGGGACAACCACCAUGAUCAGGAAAAGUCACCGGACUUAGGCACAGCAGCAGCAGCUUGUGAUGUACUGAAAUAAAAGGAAUACUAAUCCUGCA